CAGGCGAGGAGGAGGCGGCGGCGGCGCGGGGAGGCUGGAAGUGGCGUCUGCUCCUCCGAGUUGCGAAGGCGCAGGGGCAUUCGGAGCGACUCCGCCAGCUUCCUGCCCUCCGUGCGCUCCAGGAUUUCCUUUCCUCGCGCGUGGAUCUGCCCCACAGCCGUGCCAAACCAAGAGCGGAGCCCGCGCGCCACAGAGGAGCCGUCAACCCCCCGCCGGCGCCCUGCUGCGACUUUCUCCUUCUCUUUCCAAAAGUUUCCUGCGGGUGCAGCAUGAAGUGCAGCGAUGGCAAGGAGAGGUAAGACGGUGGCGAGGACGCUGGAAGAUCUGACGCUGGACUCUGGUUAUGGUGGCGCCGCAGACUCCGUGGGGUCGUCCAACUUGUCCCUGUGCUGCUCCGAUUCCCCCCACGCGGCUGCUUACCCCUAUGGAGGAAACGGCUGGCCGCAGCAUCUAACUGACUCCUCCAUGCACAGUAGACACAACAGUUUCGACACCGUCAACACCGUCCUAGUGGAAGACGCCGAGGGGCUGGACUGCGCCGGGCAGCUCUGCUCCAGGCUGCUGCCUGACCUUGAGGAGGUCCCCUGGAGCCUCGACGAGGUGGAGGCGCUCUUGCUGGCGCCCCGCAGGGAGCCCCGGGCCCUGGGCGCCGGGGCCACGGCCACCCUCGCCAGCUCCAGCAGCGCCGCCAGCUCCGCCACCCUCAGCAGCAGCGGCGGCGGCGGCGGCGGCCUGAGCCCUCCGUCCAAGGAUGCCCUGGCGCGGCUGUCCGCCUUGGUCAGCCGGGCGCUGGUCAGGCUGGCCCGGGAGGCGCAGCGGCUGAGCCUGCGCUUCGCCAAGUGCACCAAGCACGAGAUCCAGAGCGCCAUGGAGAUCGUGCUGGGCUGGAGCCUGGCGUCCAGCUGCACGGCGGCCGCCCUGGGCGCCCUGUCCCUCUACAACAUGAGCAGCGGCGGCGGCGGCGACCGCUUCAGCCGGGGCAAGUCCACCCGCUGCUGCCUCACCUUCUCGGUGGGCCGCUUCUACCGCUGGAUGGUGGACAGCCGGGUGGCCGUGCGCAUCCACGAGCACGCCGCCAUCUACCUGGCCGCCUGCAUGGAGAACCUCUGCCGGGAGAUCCACGCGCGGGCCCUGCAGCUGGCCGCCGCCUCGGCCGGCCCGCCGCACCACCAGCACCACCACCUCCACCAGCACCACCUCCACCAGUACCACCAGGCACAACAGCAGCAGCAGCAGCAGCAGCAGCAGCAACAACAGCAACAAGCCCCGCAGCAGCAGCAGCAGCCGCCGCCACACCAGAGGGGCCCGGGCCCGAGCGCCGCCCCAGGCACUGCUGCCUCUGCCCCCGGGCCUCCUGCUGCGCUGCCCCCGCCGCCGCCGCCGCCCCCUGCCCCCGGGGCUGCCGACAAGGACCGGGAGAGUAACGGCGGCGGCAGCAACGCCAGCCACGACGCGGCCAAGUUCACGCUGGAAGCCCUGGAGCAGACGGUCAGCAACGACUCGGAGCUGUGGGGGCUGCUGCAGCCGUACCAGCACCUCAUCUGCGGGAAAAACGCCAGCGGUGUUCCUUGCCUGCCAGAAAGUCUGAAUCUUCACAAAGACCAGCAAAGGUCAAACAAGCCAGGGGAAGUCCAGAUGUUCAGCCAAUCAGAGUUACGGACCAUUGAGCAAUCUUUACUGGCAACGCGGGUGGGAAGUAUUGCAGAACUCAGUGACUUGGUGGCUCGAGCUAUGCAUCACCUGCAGCCCCUCAGUGCAAAGCAGCAUAGCAACAGCACUCCCUUGCAUCACAAGUCAGGAUCUCUGUACUGGGAACCAGAGGCAUUGUACACGCUUUGUUAUUUUAUGCACUGUCCACAGAUGGAAUGGGAGAACCCGAACGUGGAGCCUUCCAAAGUCACGCUACAGACAGAAAGGCCUUUCAUAGUGCUGCCACCUCUGAUGGAAUGGAUAAGAGUGGCUCUGGCUCACGCAGGGCAUCGCCGCAGCUUCUCUGUGGAUAGCGAUGAUGUACGACAAGCAGCCAGACUCUUACUGCCGGGAGUUGACUGCGAACCGCGACAGUUAAAGAUUGAUGAUUGUUUCUGUGCUUCUCGGAAGCUGGAUGCUGUAGCCAUAGAAGCAAAAUUCAAGCAAGAUUUGGGAUUCCGAAUGCUGACCUGUGGCCGAACUGAUCUGGUCAAACAGGCCAUAUCUUUACUGGGACCUGAUGGAAUUAAUAGCAUGAGUGAACAGGGCAUGACUCCACUGAUGUAUGCUUGCAUGAGGGGUGAUGAGGCCAUGGUCCAGAUGCUGCUAGAUGCUGGAGCAGAUCUAAAUGCUGAGGUUGUCAGUACUCCUCAUAAAUAUCCAUCCGUCCACCCCGAGACCCGCCAUUGGACAGCCCUGACAUUUGCUGUGUUGCAUGGACAUAUUCCUGUAGUUCAGCUGUUGCUGGAUGCAGGAGCCAAAGUAGAAGGUUCUUUGGAACAAGGAGAUGAAAACUAUUCUGAAACUCCUUUGCAACUUGCAGCAGCUGCUGGUAAUUUUGAGCUGGUUAGCUUGCUUUUGGAACGAGGUGCUGACCCUAUGAUUGGAACCAUGUAUCGGAAUGGAAUUUCCAUGACUCCUCAAGGAGAUAUGAACUCCUUCAGCCAAGCCGCUGCUCACGGACACAGGACUGAACAUGCGGAGCUAGCAGGAUGUAAGCAUAUAAGAAACGUGUUUCGUAAGCUGCUUGCUCAGCCAGAGAAGGAAAAAAGUGACAUCCUGUCCCUGGAGGAGAUACUGGCUGAGGGAACUGACUUGGCAGACAGUGCUCCAGCUCCUGUUUGUGCCAGCCGCAAUAGCAAGGCCAAGCUGAAAGCUCUGAAAGAAGCUAUGUAUCACAGUGCCGAACAUGGUUAUGUGGACGUGACCAUUGACAUCAGGAGCAUAGGUGUCCCGUGGACACUUCACACAUGGCUAGAGUCUUUGCGAACAGCCUUUCAGCAGCAUAGAAGACCUCUCAUCCAGUGCUUAUUGAAAGAAUUCAAAUCUAUUCAGGAGGAAGAAUACACUGAAGAACUCGUCACACAAGGGUUGCCUUUGAUGUUUGAGAUCUUGAAAGCAAGCAAGAAUGAAGUUAUUAGCCAGCAACUUGCUGUCAUAUUCACUCAUUGUUAUGGACCCUAUCCUAUUCCAAAGCUUGUUGAAAUCAAACGCAAGCAGACUUCUCGCUUAGAUCCCCAUUUUCUUAACAAUAAGGAAAUGUCAGAUGUUACGUUCCUCGUAGAAGGAAGACCUUUUUAUGCACACAGAGUGUUACUAUUUACCGCGUCCCCAAGGUUUAAAGCCCUGUUGGCCAACAAACCGGUAUCUGACAGCACUUGUAUUGAAAUCAGCUAUGUGAAGUACCCCAUUUUCCAGCUUAUUAUGCAGUAUCUCUAUUAUGGAGGUGCAGAGUCACUUCUCAUUAAAAACAAUGAAAUCAUGGAGCUUCUAUCUGCUGCUAAAUUUUUCCAGCUUGAAGCAUUGCAACGACACUGUGAGAUCAUCUGUGCAAAAAAUAUCAACACAGAAAAUUCUGUGGAUAUUUAUAAUCAUGCCAAGUUUCUUGGAGUCACAGAACUAGCUUCCUAUUGUGAAGGUUACUUUCUAAAAAAUAUGAUGGUUCUAAUUGAAAAUGAAGCUUUCAAACAGCUGCUGUAUGACAAGAAUGGGGACUCAUCUGGCCAAAAUGUACUGCAAGAUUUACAGAGGACGUUGGCAGCACGGAUCCAGUCGAUUCAUUUGUCAUCUUCAAAGGGUUCCAUUGUAUAAAGUUCAGGAAGGGUCCAGUGUUCAGAAAAGACUCUGCAAGUGAAAUGUUGCUGAUGCAGUUUCUUAAGUGAAUAUACAACAUUCUUUUUCCUACUGGAGUGGUUGUGGGCCAAAGGUGCUGUCAUUUACUUGAAUCUUCUCUUGGGCAAGAGGUUGUGGCAUGUGUGGCUCUUAUGGGUUUGGAACUGCAAGGAUAUAUUGCUGUUUUGUGAAUUACCAUUCAGAUUCUGAACACCAAAAGUGUUGUGCAGCUAGCGCCAGCCGAAGCAGCCAGGCUGUGCGCCCCCAUAAACAACAGAAGUCCCUCAUACAGGAAGGACGCCAUGGAACAAUUAUUUGACAAAACCAACAUAUCCGGUUGUUUUUGUUACGCAGUGUCAUAACUUUCUGUCAGAACGGUUGUGUCCCUGUCCCAGAGUCCAGUUGUAUGAUGCAUCUAAAAAAAAAUACAUAUAAGACCUGAUAGCUGCUGUUUAGCAAGAAUCAAAGAACUGGUAAGACUGUUACAAAUGAGAAAAAUAUAUUGGUAAAUUUUUAGUGGCGGGAACUUUUUAAAAUUGUUCAUAGAAAUGGGGUUGCCUUGUAGUUAAAAAUAACCUAUUUCUUAAGCUCCAAAUUUUGUUUUCAGCAGAGCUGUAUUUGAGAAUGUAUGUAACAUGUUAUGUUUCCUUUUUGUUUAUUUUUUAUUUUUUAAAUGGUAAAAUGUACACUGUGUAAACACACCUGAAAAGGUUCUGCUCAUAAGCUUUAACCUUAAAGUGGUAUAAUCUUGCCAUAAUGGCUAUGGUUACACUAAAGAGGUACAUUACCAAGAACUCUUACAGUAGUUUGGGUUGGGGAAAAUCUGCAUGCUAAUUGUGGUUUAAGGUUUAAAACAGCAACAAAAUUCAACAUGCAUUUGCAUGGUAAUGGUACCGUGAAAUGUUAUGUUUGUGUUUCAUUUUGCCAAGAAAAAAAAUGCAAUGUUCGUUUUUUGUCAAACCAGAUUUGUGAAAAUAUCAUAUUUCAGGGUUUUAUUUUCUGGGCGUGUACAAUUUUCACAGGGGAAGAGUUUUUAAAUAUGGCGAUUCCUAGUUAUAUGAGAGAGGUCAUUGCUGGGUUGUUAUUCAAGGGAAACGUUGGUAUUUUGCUACUGGGCAGAGGUUAAGAUUAAGAUGAUUUAUUUUAAUUAUAUAUUGAAUAUAUACUAUAGACUGAUUUCUUGCCGUAAAUUGAGACUGUGUAGAGUUUAUGCUUAUGGAGGCCUGUAACAGGCCUCAAGCUAUUUAGCAGCAUAUUUUUAGCAAGAGAAACCUAUUAAGUGCCAUACUUAUUCGUGACAAUUUACAUUUGAUCAGCCAGUUUCACAUGGGGAAUGGCAGUAAAUAUUUACCAGAAUUGUUUCCAUGCUACCUUUUCCUUAGCAAAAUGUUGUUGGUUUGCUGACCUUUUUGCAAAAUCAUGACCAGGUCAUAGUAUUUAGAAAGCAGUGUAAAGUAAACCCUAGGUCUUUCAUAAGGUGCUACUUCACACUGGUAGAUUUUUAAAAUGUUUAGAAAAUCAGGGUUUUUUGUAUUAUUCAACAGAAUAAGAAGUUGUUCUGUACUGCAGACUCCCUAAGUUGUUUUAAUCCGCUCCCUCAGCCACACUUCAAAUUGUUUAAAUUACCCAUAUCAUUGCAGAGGUAAUAGCAUGGCAACAAUAACGAUUUUUUUUUCUUCCCGCAUCUGAUAAUAUCAUCUACGACUGUAGUGUAGAAUGUGUCUGUAAUGGCAACUUGCCUUUCUGUGAAUGUUGCAGAGCUUAGAGGGGAAAGAAGCUGACCGAUGUUAUUGCUUUUCCCCGGUGCUUCCACUAUGUUUGCUGUGCUUCCUUGGACGCUAAAAACAGUGGUACCCAAAUGAACUCGUAACACAUCUGAGACCCUCUUAUCAGUUAAUUGCCAAGCUGCCUCAUAGUAAAAUGUUGGUUGAUGAUGCUGUAGAAAAAGUUUUAGCUGUUUUCAAAAGCAACACCAAGGAUCUGAAAUGUAAUCACUUGUGGGAUAGAGAGCAGGCCAUUUUAAACUGAGUAUACCUUUUGUUAACUGUAACUGUGUGCAAGUUUCAAAAUCAAAAACAUAUUUCAUGCACUGCUUGUGAAAAGUGGCCCAAGGCCUGUGUAAGUAUGCCCAUGGUAGUAGGACUACUAGUCUGUGUGUAGCAAACUGAAAAAUAAGUCUACACAUGAGUCUGUUAAUAAGAGAGUGACUAUUUGUUUAGAGACUACUGCUCAAAAAUCAGAUUGUGAAGGGCAGCGUGCAUGAAUGUUGAUCACCUUCAUCAGCUACAUAAUUCUGAUUUUGUUUAUCUUCAAAUUAUUUCCAUAUUGUUCCUCCACUGAGUGUGGAAUAGGAAAAUGGAAAAAUGUCUGAUUUCCCUCAGAUCAUUGGCUUUACAGGUCAUGCAACAGAUCUGACCGGAACCUAAUAUGCUACUAGGUACUUUGGACAAUUUAAGAUACAUUACCCACUCCCACCAGUGAAUUUCAUCCACAGCAUUUUAAAAAAUAAAGGAUCGUGAAGGCAGAUGAUUCCUCAGAGGUUAGAUAUUGCAAUAUCUAGUUCCCAGACAAGAGGACAUCACCACAGUUAGUAAGGUAUUGUCAUUCAUCCUAAACAAAAAAAAAACACUCAGCAGCAAACUAUGAUUUUCGUUUGGGACAAAUGACGGCAUAUUUUUAAUUCUGAAUCAAGAAAGCUGUUUGCGGGCAGACAUAGAAUUAAAGAGCCAAUACCUUUAGCUGGGGUAAUCAAAAGGUAAACUUCAUUAAUUUUUUACAAUUGAUAAGUAUUGGGAAUAGUCUUAGCAGUAUGAUAUUGUGUGCAGUAAAUAAACUCCCAAGAAAUACAU